CUGGAAUACAUGCGAGCAGAAGUUGAAACGAGUUGACAGCUCACAACAGACAUGUCUGCAACAAAAUCUGAUAUCCUUGUCGGAAUUAUAAUAGUAAGUGUCACCAUGCAACUGUCUGAGGCUCCGCCUCCACCCGGCGGAGGCGGCCCGGCCGUAUACAGCCGCGAGCUCGAGGAGGCACUGAGGGAAUCACUAUUCACAACCAACAACUACCAGGUUUUACAACGGCCGUCAGAGAAGGUGGAGGUACAGGUGUCCCUCAGUCUGCUCACAGUCAACGACCUGGAUAUUCGGGACCAAACAUUGUCCUUGACGGGAUUUUUCACAUUUUACUGGCAGGACUCGAGGCUCGAAUGGAGCACAGACUCGACCUAUGACAACAUCCGAUUCCUGUUCAGCACCGAGACAUACGUUUGGCGGCCGCCAUUGAUCAUAGAAAACUCAGUGGAAGAUGUGUCCAUUAUAAGUGACAAGAAUAUCCCAAUGAGAUUCAACAACCGUGGUCUCGUCACGUGGAAUCCGGCGGGGAUCUACAAGGUUGCGUGCGAGGCGGACACGCGCUUCUACCCCAUGGACAUCCAAAGUUGUAACAUCUCAAUCACAGCUUGGGCGUACACACAAAACGAAAUCAGUCUUCGAUUUAAGGACGAUCCUUUUGACUUGACGUUUUAUUCUACAAAUGGCGAGUGGCAGCUCGUGUCCACAGAAACCAUUCUUCCAGAAGCAAUCGCCCGAGGUGGUCAAAGCUUUUCUGGCCUUGACUUUCAGAUCAAACUUAGGCGUCGGCCCAUGUUUCACAUCCUCAAUACGUUGUUUCCUGUAGCUCUUAUGGGGAUAUUGAGCGCCAUGGUGUUCAAACUUCCGGCAGAUUCCGGAGAGAAGAUUGGAUUUUCGCUGACGAUCUUGUUGGCCUACACCGUGUACCUGACACUGAUAUCCGAGAACAUCCCCAGUACUUCUGUCACACUCUGCUAUCUGUCUUUGUAUCUUGCCCUCACCUUAAGCCUGGGGUCCUUGAGUGUCCUGUGCACCAUCGUGGUACUGAAUGUGUACUUCCGGUCGGACGUAGACGAGCCUAUCCCAGGAUGGUUGAAACAGUUGACGUCGAAGGUACUGAUGCGUGUUGCUUGUUACAAAAACAACUGUUGUUGCGUCAGAAUGAACGAUAUCCGGAUACACCCUGCUUCCGAAAUCUCGUCCACGGAACAGGGCAGUUUGGUUUUACAGGAGGUUGAGCAGGCUGAUAUAACAAAGAAGACAGUGAGAAAGAGAAAUAAGAAACUUGAUGAACAACCACUGGAGUCUGCGUCAAUAUCUCCUUCCUCGUCCACAGCAAUACUCAUGGUCGAAGAGGCCGGCGACGACCUCGACUUGACCUGGAAAGAACUCGCCGUCAUUUUGGAUAGACUGUUUUUCCUGUUGUUUAUGUCGACAAUACUUUUGUCGACUGCUACUCUAUUCUAUCUCAUCCUCGGGGAGUGGAUCAAUGUUGAGGUUUCUAAUAUCCAUGACGAGUGACGAGGAUCUGUUUAGGACUGGAUCAAUGUGUCGAUUUCCAAUACCCAAAACGUUUGACGUGGAUCUGUUUAGAAGUGGAUCAAUGUUGAGGUUUCUAUUAUCCAAGACGUCUGACGAGGAUUUGUUUAAUUAUCAAACACAUGUACA